AUGAUUGUGGACGGCAACAAGCAGAAAGCAGGCAAAGUCGUUGUAGUAGGAGAUGGUGCAUGCGGAAAGACGUGCUUGCUGGAGGUGUUCAGAAGGAAUCAGUUUCCCAAGGUCUACAUUCCCACAGUUGUGGAUAACUUUGUAAAAGAUAUUGAGAUUGCAAAAGAUAAACAAGUGUCACUGGCUGUAUGGGAUACUGCUGGGCAGGAGGAUUAUGACACAAUAAGGCCUCUUUCAUACAGAGAAACAGAUGUUGUGUUGUUAUGCUACACAAUAGAAGAUAAUAAGAAAAUUUCAAAUAUAUCGAGAAAGUGGUUGAUGGAGAUACGAAACUACUGUCCAAAUUCAAAGUUCUUUCUCAUAGGACUCAAAAAGGACAUGCGAGACACCGAUGACCCAACAUUGGAUAAGUCCUCGAUGGUGACUGAGGAAGAAGGCAAGGCAUUGGCUGAAAAGAUCAAUGCAUUGAAGUUUUUUGAGUGCUCAGCACUUACAGGGGAAAACGUAGAUCUUGUGUUUCUUGAGGCUGCAAAGUAUAUUUGGGACACAAAGAAAAUAGCCUCAGAUACUGGAUCGUGUGGAUUUCUUCCUUGUAUUGGAUGCUGUUACAGAUAA